AUGCCGCCGCCGCCGCAUCCUCUUCCUCCUUAUCUUCCCCCUCUUUAUUAUUAUUAUGUAGACUCUCUCUCUCUCUCUAUUGCAUCAACACGUGACAUUAACCGAGGCACAGACUUAUUUUGUCCCAUUUCUUUCUCCCUUUAUCCCUUUACUCUCCUCUUUAUUUUCCUCUUUUUCACUUCUUUCUUUUCUUCUUGUUUUUCUUCUUUACUCCCUUUCACUUUUCUUCUUCUGUUUCCCGCCCUGCUUUUCUUCUUCUGUUUCCCGCCCUGCUUUUCUUCUUCUUCUGUUUCCCGCCCUGCUUUUCUUCUUCUUCUUCUGUUUCCCGCCCUGCUUUUCUUCUUCUUCUUCUGUUUCCCUCCCUGCUUUUCUUCUUCUUCUUCUGUUUCCCUCCCUGCUUUUCUUCUUCUUCUUCUGUUUCCCUCCCUGCUUUUCUUCUUCUUCUGUUUCCCUGCUUUCUUCCUGCUUUUCUUCUUCUUCUUCUGUUUCCCUCCCUGCUUUUUCUUCUUCUUCUUCUGUUUCCCUCCCUGCUUUUCUUUUCUUCUUCUGUUUCCCUCCUGCUUUUCUUCUUCUUCUUCUGUUUCCCUCCCUGCUUUUCUUCUUCUUCUUCUGUUUCCCUCCCUGCUUUUCUUCUUCUUCUGUUUCCCGCCCUGCUUUUCUUCUUCUUCUUCUGUUUCCCUCCCUGCUUUUCUUCUUCUUCUUCUGUUUCCCUCCCUGCUUUUCUUCUUCUUCUUCUGUUUCCCUCCCUGCUUUUCUUCUUCUUCUUCUUCUGUUUCCCUCCCUGCUUUUCUUCUUCUUCUUCUUCUGUUUCCCUCCCUGCUUUUCUUCUUCUUCUUCUUCUGUUUCCCUCCCUGCUUUUCUUCUUCUUCUUCUUCUGUUUCCCUCCUGCUUUUCUUCUUCUUCUUCUGUUUCCCUCCCUGCUUUUUUCUUCUUCUUCUGUUUCCCCCUGCUUUUCUUCUUCUUCUUCUGUUUCCCUCCCUGCUUUUCUUCUUCUUCUUCUUUUCCCUCCUGCUUUUCUUCUUCUUCUGUUUCCCUCCUGCUUUUCUUCUUCUUCUUCUGUUUCCCUCCCUGCUUUUCUUCUUCUUCUUCUGUUUCCCUCCCUGCUUUUCUUCUUCUUCUUCUGUUUCCUCCUGCUUUUCUUCUUCUUCUUCUGUUUCCCUCCCUGCUUUUCUUCUUCUUCUUCUGUUUCCCUCCCUGCUUUUUCUUCUUCUUCUUCUUCUUCCUUGCUUUUCCCUUGCUUUUUCUUCUUCUUCUUCUUCUGUUUCUCCUGCUUUUUUCUUCUUCUUCUUCUGUUUCCCCCUGCUUUUCUUCUUCUUCUUCUUCUGUUUCCCUCCUUUUUUUCUUCUUCUUCUUCUUCUGUUUCCCUCCCUGCUUUUCUUCUUCUUCUUCUGUUUCCCUCCUGCUUUUCUUCUUCUUCUUCUGUUUUUUCCCCUGCUUUUCUUCUUCUUCUUCUGUUUCCCUCCCUGCUUUUUCUUCUUCUUCUUCUUUUUCCCUCCCCAGCUUUUCUUCUUCUUCUUCUUCUCUUUUCCCUCGGCUUUUCUUCUUCUUCUUCUUCUCUUUCCCCUCUUUUCUUUCUUCUUCUUCUUCUUCUUCUUCUCUUCUUCCCUCCCCCUUUUUUUCUUCUUCUUCUUCUUCUUCUCUUUUCCCUCCCGGCUUUUUUCUUCUUCUUCUUCUUCUUCUUCUCUUUCCCUCCCGGCUUUUCUUCUUCUUCUUCUUCUUCUUCUUCUUCUCUUUUCCCUCCCGGCUUUUUUUUCUUCUUCUUCUUCUUCUUCUUUUUCCUCCCGGCUUUUUUUUUCUUCUUCUUCUUCUUCUCUUUCCCUCCCGGCUUUUUUUCUUCUUCUUCUUCUUCUUCUUCUCUUUCCCUCCCGGCUUUUUCCUUUUUUUUUCUUCUUUCAUCCCCACUUUCUCUUCUUCUUCCACAUCUUUUUAUUUGCUAUUUCUCUUACGUCUUUUUCUUUCUUACUCUGA